AUGGAGCUGCCUCCCCGGGGCCGGGCGCCGCCGGACUCCUCGCUGGACAGCGCCUCCCUGACCUCGCUGGACUCCAGCGUCUUCUGCAGCGAGGGUGAAGGGGAGCCCCUGGCGCUCGGGGACAGCUUCACCGUCAACGUGGGCGGCAGCCGCUUUGUGCUCUCGCAGCAGGCGCUGUCCUGCUUCCCGCACACGCGCCUGGGCAAGCUGGCCGUGGUGGUGGCCUCGUGCCGGCGCCGCGGGGCCCUGGCCGCCGUGCCCAGCCCCCUGGAGCUCUGUGACGACGCCAAUCCCGUGGACAACGAGUACUUCUUCGACCGCAGCUCGCAAGCCUUCCGCUACGUCCUGCACUACUAUCGCACCGGCCGCCUGCACGUCAUGGAGCAGCUGUGCGCGCUCUCCUUCCUCCAGGAGAUCCAGUACUGGGGCAUCGACGAGCUCAGCAUUGACUCCUGCUGCCGGGACAGAUACUUCAGAAGAAAGGAGCUGAGUGAAACGUUAGACUUUAAGAAGGACACAGAAGACCAGGAGAGUCAGCAUGAGAGUGAACAGGACUUCUCCCAGGGCCGUUGCCCCACCAUCCGCCAGAAGCUCUGGAACAUCCUGGAGAAGCCUGGGUCAUGCACAGCGGCCCGAAUCUUUGGGGUCAUCUCCAUCAUCUUUGUGGCGGUGUCCAUCGUCAACAUGGCCCUGAUGUCAGCCGAGUUAAGCUGGCUGGACCCGCAGCUGCUGGAAAUCCUGGAGUAUGUGUGCAUCAGUUGGUUCACGGGGGAGUUUGUCCUGCGCUUCCUGUGCGUGAGGGACAGGUGCCGCUUCUUGAGGAAGGUGCCGAACAUCAUAGACCUCCUUGCCAUCUUGCCCUUCUACAUCACUCUCCUGGUAGAGAGCCUGAGUGGGAGCCAGACUACGCAAGAGCUGGAAAACGUGGGGCGCAUCGUCCAGGUUUUGAGGCUGCUCAGGGCUCUGCGCAUGCUCAAACUGGGCAGGCAUUCCACAGGCUUACGCUCCCUUGGAAUGACAAUCACCCAGUGUUACGAAGAAGUUGGCCUGCUGCUCCUGUUUCUAUCUGUGGGAAUCUCUAUAUUUUCAACUGUGGAAUAUUUUGCUGAGCAGAGCAUCCCCGACACAACCUUCACAAGUGUCCCUUGUGCCUGGUGGUGGGCCACAACGUCCAUGACCACCGUGGGAUAUGGAGACAUCAGACCAGACACCACCACGGGCAAGAUUGUGGCCUUCAUGUGUAUCUUAUCGGGAAUCCUUGUCUUGGCCUUGCCCAUUGCUAUUAUUAACGACCGCUUCUCCGCUUGCUACUUCACCUUGAAGCUCAAGGAAGCAGCUGUUAGACAGCGUGAGGCUCUGAAGAAACUUACCAAGAAUAUAGCCACUGACUCAUAUAUCAGUGUGAACUUGAGAGAUGUCUACGCCCGGAGUAUCAUGGAGAUGCUUCGACUGAAAGGCAGAGAAAGAGCAAGUACUAGGAGUAGUGGAGGAGAUGAUUUCUGGUUUUGA